UGAUAAUAUCUUCAUCAGCUGACAGCUUUAAAAAAAAUGAGACAUCAUUUAACAUCAUUGAUUUUGUUAUCAUUGUCAUCGUUGUCGUUUUGUCGUCGUCAUACGUGAUUCGCAUAUGACGACACUGAUUUAUGGCAAAUGUUGACAAUCUUUCAUCAGAAGAUUAUAUGCAGGAAUUUUCCAAUAUUGAUUUGAAUGCAUUCGAAGAACCAUUAACAAAUAUUCAUAAACUUUCAUUAGUGACAAAAAUGGAUCAACAUUUAGGCAAUGUGUUAGCAUGUGUUAAUCAAACAUCAAUGUCACAAUCAUCGACAAUGUGCAAUAAUAGUAUGGUCAACGGGAAUAGUAUGGUACAUAAUAUUCCCAAUAAUUUAAAUGAUCAUCAUAAACAUUCGCAACUAACAACAUUAAAUUCGACGGACAAUUCUUCGACAACGACUACACCAAUGCGACAUUCACCAAUUGAAACGGCAUCAGCAUUCACAUCCAUUUCCAGUUCGAACAUGGCCACACCAAUUAUCGCUCCAGCAAUGAUUGAUUCCAGCAAUAGAAUGAGUUUUGUCGAUGAAAGCCAUAAUAUGCCAUGGUUGGCGUUUAGAAGUAACAAUGGACUUUUAAGCGGUGCACCAGAUGGCCCAUUAGAUCUACGUGGUCAAACAGGAACGGAGAUUGAUUCAAGUUGGAUGUCGUCAUCAAUGAAACGAGAAUAUUUGGAUAUGUCAGCACACACUAGUUACAUGAAUCAUCCAAUGGCUAAUGGUGUACACAAUCGAUUAGUUCAUGGUAACAAUAUUUUUAUGAAUAGUGGUGGAAUGAGCACAAUUGAUACGAAUAAUCAGAUUCAUGGUGAUACGGUACCAACGGGUAGUCAACUAGCUGGCACACAUCCAUCACAUUUGACAUCGCAUCAUCAUAGUUCACAUGAUUUGCAUAUUUUACAAAAUGGUAGCUCAUUAUCGGGCCAUGGCCAUCAUAGUGUUCAAUCAUUGAAUCAUUCACCACAAAAUUCAUCAACAAUGCAUACAAUGAUGCAUUCAUAUCCACAUAUGAAUGAUAACGCUAAUACAUAUCCUUAUCCGAUUAGCCACCACCAUCAUCAUCAUCAUUUAAUGUCUGGAUCAUCAGCAACAACGAAUACUAAUAAUAAUAACACCGGCAAUAAUCAAUUUUCCAUCAACAAUGACCAUCAUAAUAAUAAUAAUAGUCAUUUAGUGUCGACGAAAAGUACCAACAACAAUGAAACGGCUACUCAACAUGAUCAUCAUCAUCAGCAUCAGCCUCAACAUCAUCAUCAUCAUCACGCCAAAAGCAUUAGUAAUGGAAGCAAUAGCAAUACUAGUAGCAAUAGUAGUCAAAGUAGUCGAACCAGUAAUGAUUCAAAUCAAAGUAGUGAAUCUAAUGUUAGCAAUGAAUUCAAUAUAUCGGCAAAUAAUGGUAGUUCGAUUAGAUCGAUUAAUUGUGAUAUUGAUGAUAGUCAACUCAUACAUUUAUCGGUACGUGAGCUUAACAAAAAAUUAAAUGGACUAACUAAAGAAGCCAUCUCAAAAGUGAAAGCCAAACGACGUACAUUAAAAAAUCGUGGUUAUGCACAAAAUUGUCGCACAAAACGUAUGGAACAACGAAGAAAUUUAGAAGAUCAAUUAAAAGAUUUGAUUGCUGAAAAACAAACAUUACAAAUGAGAUUGAAUUCAUUUCAAAUGGAAAAUGUUACAUUAAGAGAAGAGAAUAAAAAUUUAAGCCAAAAAAUUAAAUAUUGUACACAAUAUCAUUCACAAUUAAAUGAUACAAUAACACAUCAUUUAAAUGCCCAUCAUCAUUAUUCAUCACAUGAAUCAUCACACCAUCAUCAAUCGGUUGGACAGCAGCAAGUGGUCAGUACAACAUCGGGUACACCAAAUUCUAAUGAAGCUCAUCAUGAAUGUUCAAGUUCAUCAAGCGGUAGUACAACACCAAAUUCAAUUCUUUAUGAUUAUAAUGGCUAAACACAUUUUGGAUUUCCAGAGUUCAAUCUUGAUGGAUUAUAUCGAUACGAUCAAAAAAA